CAUGCCAACCCCUUCACCCGUCACCAUUCACCACGAUUCGAAAUUCCAUGGGCCGACCCAAGGUUCACUUCAGGCUCGGGGACCAUCUCCACACUCUCCGGACUCUCGGAAGUCGUUGACGCCAUGAGAGUUAAUAAUUGAUGGUCCCCGAUUAUCUCCUCUUCCCGGGGAAGUAAAAAUUGAAUCCCUUACUUCACAAGUUGGGAUGGCGCAUCUGUUCGCUCAUUUUUAUUUCUACCUUGAGUUGAUAUAGAGUGAGGGGUCGGCACGAUUAUCGCUCAAUCUCGGUUCCUACACACUUGAGCACCAUGUUCACCCCGGUUCAUACCUCCCUGGGCGCUCUUUUGCUCUAUCAGGGCUCCUCCGGCCUGCUUUUGCACAAUGGGGCCGUCUUCGGUAUCUCGUCCUUCCUGUCAGGGUGCGUCUUGAACCCCAACCAAGACAAUGUGCCCAUCAUCGCGGGCCUCGUUUCCAGCAUUGCCCCGGUUUAUCUGUUCGCCCCGUCCUUGCUCCCGUCAUAUCCGGCUUCGCCGUCCACGUGGGCCGCGUUGGCAUCUACCGUCGGGACUGGAUUCUUGCUGGGCUGGGGAACAAAGAACGGUCGAGGCUGCACAUCGGGCCACAUGCUGUGUGGUCUCUCGCGUCUGUCCCCGCGCUCGUUGAUUGCAACCGCCAUCUUCUUCACGACCGCCCUGCUCACGGCCAACUUCGUCGGCGGAGGUCAGAACAUCCCGGCCUGCGCGGGGGGCAUUCCCUGCUACACGCCCGUCUAUCCGUCGAGCCACGAACUGGCAGUCAUGAUCGGAACGACCAUCCUCACCUUCAUCACCAACUUCAUCGUCGUGCCGCGCGUCCUGAAGCGAUCCGAAAAGUCGAAAACGAUCUAUUCGUACAUCGCCGGUCUGCAGUUCGGUAUCGGCCUGAUCUUCUCCGGCAUGGCCGACCCGGCCAAGGUGUUGCGCUUCUUCGCCAUCCUGACGGACCCGUCCCGCUUCGAUCCGUCCCUAGCCCUCAUCAUUCUGUUCGGCAUCGGGCCGUCCCUGAUCACGUACCUAUCGAAGAAACCAGGCCAGGACACGAGUGACAGCGCAGACAAGCCUACGAAGCCCACUUUGGCGGAGACCUGGCGGCUGCCCACGGCCACCGUCGCCGACAUCGACUGGCGGUUUGUCACCGGCGCCGCGGCCUUCGGGCUCGCCUGGGGAUUACGGGGAGUGUGCCCGGGUCCUGCGGUCCUGCGCGCGGUUCUGCAGCCCGUGUGGGGAGUGGCAGAGAUGGCGGGAUUCAUGCUGGGCAGUGCAUUGUAGAUAUCGGAAGUUCCGCGGUUCAUUAUGAUAAGCCGGGUCUUUCCACGCGUACAUAGCAAAAGCGACAACAACACCGGAAAUGUAUUAUUAGGUAUCAAGCCUGGCAAUCGGUUCCUAAUACAAGAACAAGAAAAGCAAAGGCGCC